UUUAAGUGUCCCAGUGCUCGCCUUAAUUACAACGACGGACUGGUAAUUUUAGAUCCCAGGUACUACUUUUACCGUCUCUGCAUUUGCGACAUCGGAUACUACGGCUCUGGAAAAGACUGCUUGCCUUGCAUGAAAGGCGCUUCGUGUCACGAGCAGAAGCUCCACAGUCAACGAAUGAUUAUGAAUGUGGGUUAUUGGCCAUCAUCACAGGGUGAUAAGAACGUUACUCAUCUUGUGAAAUGCGUGCAAAAAUUGGGCGCUGGCUUUCAAGAAAAUACACCGUGCAACCCAUCCGGGACUUGCCACUGUGGAAUUGUCGUUAGCGGAACCAGAUCAGCUACUGUUUGUGAUAAGUCGUGCCUUUGUCGUAAAGGUAGUACAGACCGUUUUUGUUCACGCUGUCGUGAAGGUUAUUAUAAGCAAGGAAUCUUGUGUCACGCUUGUCCAAAGUCUGAAAGUAGCGUCUACAUCUUGGCAGCUCUUGUUGUAACCAUGGCGGUUUUAACCGUUGCAUUUUAUUUCUACAAAAAGAAACGUCUCCUUUCCAUUUUAGUCGCCUUCGCUCAAACCAUUAUUUUGUUCGUGUUAGCCAUGUUCCAGUUCAUUCCCGGGUGGUUUCUUGAACUCAAUAUAGUUUACCUCAUUAUUGGUCUAGCUGGAAGAGGAAAAGCAUCAAGAGGGAUUCUCAAGAUCAGCGUCUUUUAUUUCCAAACGUUGGAUGCUCUGAUUUCUGACAUGGAUAUUUGGCCGAAGAAGAUUCUUCAAGCUCGGCGAUACAUGAGUGGUGUGUUUAAUCUUCAGUUUUCAGGUUUUGCUUGUGUUUUCCCUAUUCUAUUUACUCCACUUGGUGAGAUGUUAUCCCUUAUUCUCUUUCCCGUCAUUUGCAUUUUGUCCAUUUGGCUGUAUUUUUCACUUGGGUGUUUUCUUCGUCGAUUUUGGAAUCCAUUUGAAAGGUUCUUCCCAUCUCGAAAUACUUGCUUUCACCUUUGCAUUGUAUCUCUUAACCUCACUUAUUUCCCUAUUGUGAAGAAGACUGCCACUGUCUUGGCGCAUUGCGACGAAGACAACAGCUAUCGUUACUUGCGAGAGGCACCGUGGCAGGGAUGUGGAGGUCGCACUUACACCAUCUUGCAAGUGUUAGGUUGGUUCGCCUUGACACUCUAUGUUUGUGGUGUUCCUCUGGGAGUGUUUUUACCCCUUUUAUGGAUAUAUGUUCGGAAA